ACUUGCAAAUUACGAUCCACAAUUCCACAUCCAUCAAACGGCGGGAUAUUCAGCGAAACUUUUUAUUUUCUCCCGCUCUCUGUUCGAAAUCGAAAACAAAAAAAUUGAAUACAGCUGUGAAAUCCCCUUUUUACCCUUGCCGUCAUUCAUUUCAUUCCAAUCACUAUCCAUACUCCUUCCCCGAGAAGCUUUGCAUUUCGUUCAUCUAUCCCUGCGAUUCAUUCAUCUCAUGCUUUCAUCAGUUUCUCAUCGACGAUCUGUAGUUUCAUCGCCUUCAAUCUUCCGGAUUUCAGUCUCUUUUCAAACCACCAUCACUUUUCCCACGUCCGGUGAACAAGUUGGGAAGAACGAUGGAAAACCAUCAAAAUUCGCCGUUUGACCGUCCAUCUCAAGUCUUCCGUGGCAUUCGCUUUGUUCUUCUUGGUUUCGAUCCUAUCAACAAAGCUCAGGUUUCACGGAGGCUUGUUAAUGGCGGAGGCAUUGAUGCUGGUGUAUAUGGUCCCAAUUGCACUCAUGUUAUUGUCAAUAAGCUUGUCUAUGAUGAUCCCUUAUGUGUUGCUGCCAGAAGAGAUGGGAAGAUAUUAGUCUCUGGCCUAUGGGCUGAUCAUAGCUUUGACGUUGGAGUACCUGUGGAUCCAACCUCGGUAAUGUACAGACCAGUGAGAGAUUUGAACGGGAUUCCAGGUGGAAAGUCACUAGUUAUAUGUUUAACAGGGUAUCAACGUGAAGAUCGCGAGGACAUUAUGACCAUGGUUGAUUUGAUGGGUGCGCAGUUUUCAAAACCACUGAUAGCAAACAAGGUUACUCAUCUUAUAUGCUACAAAUUUGAAGGGGAGAAGUAUCUGCUUGCAAAGAAAAUGAAGAGGAUAAAGCUUAUCAACCAUCGAUGGUUAGAAGACUGUUUAAAGGCAUGGGAGAUUGUCUCAGAAGCAGAUUAUACUAGAAGUGGUUAUGAGCUGGAGAUGGAGGCUGAAGCCAAAGAUUCUGAAGAUGAAGCAGAAGGGGUUGUUACUGGACUUACUGAAGUGAAGAAGGAAAGUCCAUAUCAUUCGAUGAUGUUAAAGCAGGAUGCUUCAACAAGUCUACAAAAUACUAGUGCUUCUAAAGGGUUUGAAAAUGCAAAUGACAAUGUGUCAGUGACUAUGAAGACCACAUCUGAUCAAUUUCUUAAUCCCAACAAAAAUGUUGUUGGUCUUACCUGUGAGCCAUCCAAUCUAUUUAAAGGAACUACAAGUUCUUCAGCAUUCAAGAAAUCUCCUUCAAACGAAUCAAGAAACGUCAUGUCUUCAAUUUACUCUAGGAAAGUGCCAAUGGGAACCACACCUCCAACAACAGACACAAGUGAUAUGAACAGUGCUAAAAGACUGGAGAAGAUUAAUCUGAGUGAUGCCUUCAACAUGUCUUCACCUUUUGUAGAAAAAGAGGAGCAAAAUGAAUCAUCUUUUGGUAAGAGGAAGAUGGAGAUUUCUUCUGGUAGUUCUAAACUACAAAAAACGAGUCACAACGAAGACACAUUGAAUAAAGAGAGUCUCCAUAUGGAAAGUGUAUUUCAAGAAAAGGAAAAGAAUCCCUCUACUGAAAUGAGCAACCAUGUACCACUGGGAACUGGCAUCCCUUAUGUAAGUGAAAAGAAGGUGUUAAGUUCUAAGGGUAAAAGUGUAACAUGUGAUGAAAUUUCUACCCCACCUGUACAAGACAAAGGCUUUGAUGAAGAAUUGAAGGAAGCCAGUGUAGCAUCAAUGUUUGGUAGCAGAGAUAUUGAUAUGUUAAUACAAUCUGAAUUUGAAAUACCUGAAGCUCAGAAGCCAGAACAUGUGAUGCAAAGUCUUGAGAAAUCAUCUCCUUCUGCAGCAACUUGUGAUAUUGAGAAAUCAAGUACUCCAAACUUGGAGAUUAAUGAACAGAGCGCUGGAUCAGGCUCAAAAUCUGUGAAAAGGAAGUCAAUUGCCAAGAAAUUUUCUGCCCCUAAACAGAAUCUAGGUAAAAAGAAGACUGUGGAUCAAAAAGGUUCUAUUUAUCUACAAAACAUUGAGCCACAGAAUGAUAGAGUUGAUGUUCAGGGAGUAGGUGAUGACAAGAAUCAAAGUAAUGAAAAAGUUGAAGACGCUUCAGAGAUAGAGAAGGAGAAGAUGGAUGAUGAAACUGAGUCUCCAGAGGAUAAAGAGGAGCAUGGGCCACAUACUGCUGAUGUAGUGAUGGAAGAAAAUGAACAUGGUGAUGAUGUGAAUCAAAGUAAUGAAAAAGUUGAAGUCGCUUCAGAGGCUGGGAACUCGGUUUCUGUGAAUGUGGACAAAUCUAAAGCAUUGAGAGAGAAAAAACUUCCUUCAACCAAAAAGUCAAAGAAAAAACCAGCUGUUUCAGUCAAAGAUGCAAGUGAUAAGAAGGAAGCUGAAAUUAGGGAAGAAGGAACUCCAACUCCACUUCGAGCUUCUAAGAGAAGCAAGAGAAAUGUAAAUGAUUUGCAGACAGCAGAAGAAGGUGUUUGUAAGAAUGAUGACAACAGUACUGAACAUCUGUAUUCACCAUCUGAAAAGGAAAAGGAAGAUAAGGUUCAGGGAGAGACAGAGAAUGUGAAGAACAACAAGGCAACUAAAAGCAAAACUAAGAAAGAUAUUGGUCUUUCUAAUUCUGUCAAACAAGGAACUGAAACAAAAACUGUUAACAAGAAGGGUAGACCAAGUUCCAGAUCCUGUGAUUUUGAAGCACAGAAGGAAAAUAUUCAAAUUCCAGUUGAAAAUAAAAACAAACAGAAACAGGCCUUAAAAUCUGAGAAAAUUACCCCUAAGUCUACGAAAGUGAACUCAGAAGAACCUAAGUGGUUCAUACUGAGUGGACAUAAGUUGCAAAGACGUGAGUUCCAGCAGAUGAUUCGGCCAUUAAAAGGGAAAAUAUGCAGAGUCUCUCACCAAUGGUCUUAUCAAGCAACUCAUUUCAUCGUCCCUGAUCCCAUACGCAGAACAGAGAAAUUCUUUGCUGCGGCUGCAUCUGGAAGUUGGAUUCUCAAGACUGAUUACUUAUCUGCAAGUAACGAGGCAGGAAGAUUCCUAACAGAGGAGCCUUACGAAUGGCACAAGAACGGCCUAAGUGAAGAUGGUCAGAUUAACCUGGAAGCUCCGAGGAAGUGGCGCCUUUUGAAGGAAAAAACCGGACAUGGUGCCUUUUAUGGAAUGCGGAUUGUCAUAUACGGGGAAUGCAUUGCACCCACUUUGGACACUCUUAAACGGGCAGUGAAAGCUGGAGAUGGGACAAUAGUGGCGACUUCCCCACCAUACACCCGCUUUCUAGACACUGGUAUCGAUUAUGCCAUUGUGAGCCCUGGCAUGCCACAUGUGGAUAUAUGGGUUCAGGAGUUCAUAAAACAUGAGAUACCGUGUGUCUCGGCUGAUUACCUUGUGGAAUACGUAUGCAAACCGGGGUAUCCCCUUGAAUCGCAUGUCCAAUAUGAUACAAAUGUUUGGGCAGAAAGGUCAUUUAACAAUCUCAAGAACCGGUGUUUGACCAUCGAAGAAGAAGAAGAAGAGUCAAUGGGGCCCACAACACCUGAGAGCAGUGAUGUGGCGUGUGAGGUAUGUGGAUCACGUGACAGAGGUGAAGAAAUGUUGAUGUGUGGGAAUGAAAGCGGUUCGAUUGGAUGUGGUGUUGGGAUGCAUAUCGAUUGUUGUGAUCCACCGUUUGAAGAUGUUCCUGAGGAAGAUUGGUUUUGUCCUAAUUGUAGCAAUCCCAAGAUUACAGUUACUAAUAAUUCCAAAAAGUCCACCAGCAAAAGGAAAGCCAAGUAAACUAAACUGCCAUUUUUAUUUUAUUAUUAUUAUUAUUAUUUUUAAACCUACCGUUUUGUAUAUUGUUUUGACAUGUAGAUAUUGUGAGUUAGUUAAAGCUUUAGUUGGAUAUUAAAGUUAAGUGUCAAUUAGCGUC